CAUGGGAAACAUUUGUUGAGCAACAAAGUUGAAUCAACGUGUUGCGGAGUUGCUGUCAACAUGUUGCUGGCAACACUGCGUGUUGCAGAGUUGACAGCAUCAUGUUGACAAGCUCUCGCCCGACAAGCGUAAACAUCAGUUUAGCGACAAUUGUUGACGUGUGUGGACGAGUUUGCAACAGUUUAUAAACAUGGCAGUAGUGUGGAGCAAUGAUAAAAUAAUGCAAUUAAUAGAAUUAUUUCAAUCAAAACCAUUAUUAUGGGAUUGUUCUAUAAAACAAUACAAAGAUAGAAACAAAAAGAACGAUGCAUUCGAAGAAAUUUCUCAAGUCCUAAAUAUACCCAAAAAAGACGUAGAAACUAAAAUACAUGUACUGCGUACUCAAUUUACUAGAGAGAAAAAAAAGAUGUCGGCAAAAAAAACUACAGGCAGCGGCGCAAUAGAAAAAUGUAAAUGGAUUUAUUACGAGCCAUUGGAAUUUUUGUUAUGUGGUGCAACUACUUCUGGUGAAACGGAUACUAUGAAUAAAACAGUAGAUGAAAACAAUGCACUUGAAAGUGGUAUGGAGUCAGAGCCAUCUCAAUCACCAAGGCCGAAUGCUACAACAUCUACAUCUUCGAGGAAAAGAAAUAAGACAGAUGAAUCAAAUGAAAUAUUAGAGGUUUUGAAAAGUGCUAAAAAAAAGAUGGAUGAAAGGGAGAAGAAGGAUCCAUUUGAUAUAUAUGGUGAAUAUAUUGCUGCUGAAUUAAGAAGUGUUAAAGAUGACCAAGCCGUGACACAGGCAAAGUACCAUAUUAAUAAUAUACUGUAUGAAUUAAAAAUGGGACGAUAUAAUACAUAUGGAUAUCAAACGGCAUCUUCUCAUCCAUCAUCAACACCAAAUAAUGUUCAGGAAACUGAAAUAAGGGAAAUUGAGAGACACGAAACAAAUAGACUAGAUGCAUUACGAGACGAAACAGAAGAUUCGGCUAUACUAAACUUAGUUAACUAUCUCAGUGAUGAAUCAACGCAAUAGCAUACACUGUUUUUUUUUUGUGUUUUUUAAUUAAUAAAAUACUUGAUUACACAAAUAGUGUUCUUGUACCUUGA